CACACACACACGGUCUGCUGUAUCAGGACGGACUGCAGUAUAAUGAUUCACUCCAAUCAGUCCAUUCACUCCAUCUUCUGCUGCUGCUGCUGUGCUCUACAGACCAGAAGCAGCAGUGGUGUGGAUGUGAACACCAGCAGAUUUUCGGGAUCCGUCUAUACGACUCAGCUGUCUCAGAAGAAGCUCCCUCCGUCUCCUCCUGAGGAUGAUGAUAGCAGUGUGAUGAAGGUGGUGGCCUUGUACGACUUCACAGCCAGAGAGAGUUCGGACCUUACGCUUCAUCAUGGAGAGACGUACAUACUACUCCACAAACAACACCAGCUGUGGUGGAGAGCCAAAGACAAGCAUGGGAACAAGGGCUUCAUUCCCAGUAACUAUGUUACAGAAAUUGGAACUAUAGAGGCCAAUGACUGGUACUGCAAGAACAUCAACAGAGCUGAAGCAGAACAUUUACUCAGACAAGAGGGGAAGGACGGAGGGUUUGUGGUCAGGAGCUCCAGUCAGCCCAGCAGCUACACCGUCUCCGUUUACACACACAGUUCAGGUAAAGGGGAGGUGAGGCACUACCAGAUCAAGCAGACAGACACGGCUCAGUUCUUCUUGGCAGAAAAUCAUGUGUUCGGCUCUAUUCCUGAACUCAUCAACUACCACAGACACAAUGCAGCAGGGCUGGUUUCCAGACUGCGAUAUCCGAUCAGCCCCUUGGGCACAUGUCUGCCAGCCACAGCGGGAUUCAGCUCAGAUAAAUGGGAGAUCAAUCCGUCAGAGCUGACCUUCAUGAAGGAGCUGGGCAGCGGUCAGUUUGGAGUGGUGCAGCUGGGAAAAUGGAGAUCGCAGCAUAAAGUGGCCAUUAAAACCAUCAGGGAAGGAGCCAUGAGUGAAGAAGAUUUCAUAGAGGAAGCCAAGAUCAUGACCCGUCUCUGCCACCCAAAGCUGGUCCAGCUGUACGGCGUGUGUGUCACGCAGCGUCCCAUCUGCAUCGUGACAGAGUUCAUGGAGAACGGCUGCUUGCUGCACUUCUUGCGACAGCACAGCAGAACUCUGGGGCCACGUCAGCUGCUCUUCAUGUGUCAGGACGUCUGCGAGGGCAUGGAGUACCUGGAGCAGAACAGCUUCAUCCACAGAGACCUGGCCGCUCGGAACUGCCUGGUGAACGAGAGGAACGUGGUGAAGGUGUGCGACUUUGGCAUGACCAGGUACGUUCUGGACAAUCAGUACACCAGCUCUAUGGGCUCCAGGUUUCCCGUCAAAUGGUCUCCACCUGAAGUUCUUCACUUCAACAAGUUCAGCAACAAGUCAGAUGUCUGGUCAUUUGGUGUGCUGAUGUGGGAGGUCUUCUCGGAGGGAAAGACACCAUUUGAAAACCGCUCCAAUCUGGAGGUGGUGGAGGAGGUGACGCAGGACGGCCGUCUCUACAGGCCUCACCGGGCAUCUGCGCACAUCUACAACAUCAUGUUCCACUGCUGGCAUGAGAGACCUCACGGACGACCACCUUUUUCUGAGCUACUGCAGAACAUCAGACAGAUCACUGAAGAGGAGACAGACACAUGAAAACACACACAUACACACACAAGCUCAGAGAACGGGAGGACUGUUGAGGAUGUCUGUUGAUCUUCAGCAUGAGUUGAUGUGUGUGUGUGUGUGUUUGAUGAACUGACAUCUUACAGUCAUUAGUGUGAUAAUGAGAUGUUUUAUAUAUGUACACUGUAAACAUGCAACUUCAUGUCGGUCUGUAAGUUCACAAGCACCUGAGGACAUGAAUAAAGAUGCUCACCAUGGAGGCUUA